AUGCCGCACAUUGCUCUCUACCAGGGCGCUGCGGUCACGGCGCUCGGCGUAUUCGACGAAGGGUCCGUAGCGAACGUGCUCGAGCUGUCAGGGACGGUCGACCCCGCGGUGCAGAUCACCGGCUACCACGCGCACCCGGUGGAGGAGACUCCCCCUGUGCGGGCUCGCUUCUACGUUGGCCGGCACCAUCUGCUCGACGGCGUCGCCGAGAUCGCGCACCGUGCUUUACUUUACUCGCGCGGGGCGUCCCACCCGAUUUUCAUCACAGUGGGCUUAAGUGCGGCUGGAAUUCUCCUGUUUACAGCAAUAACACCAAAGGAUCAUGGUUGGCACAAUAUUGCGUUUGAAGCAAUCAGAAUUUGUUUCGUCUCUCUGGAAGCCUGGCUGCGCGCACCCAGCAAGAUGAACGAGGAUGAAGGCAGUCGAGACCCGCUCAUGAAAUUGGUCGACACGCUUAUAAACAACAAACGGUUUUGGGAUUCGGUAAGGCAAACGGCACACAGCCCCUUGGAUGCACAGAAGAUUCUUCAUUUACUGGGGAACGGCCUGCCAGUGUUGUCCGGAGCUUCUCAGGUACUGUCGAUGGCUUAUUACCAGGCUCGCAUCAAAUUCAUACCCGAGGCCCGCCGAGUUUCAGAGCAUGCCACCAGAGCGCUGGAGAGUGGCCUGUCCGUGACAAUCAGAGCUUUCAGUGUUCGCCGGGUCGCUUUUACAGCACGCUUCAUGUCUAAGAUCCGUCGAGUUUCCGCCGGAGAAGAAGACCAGGCUGCCGCAGGUGCCGUGGAGAUGCAGGGCUACGGAGGCGGUGAUGCUGGGCAGCAGGAGGCAGACGAAGGCGUCUAG